CUUUCUUGCACCCCAGCUUUGAACCCUGAGCUGUACCUGACCUCCAGGACAUGGCAGGCUCCACCACCAUCAUUGCUAGCCUUCUACUCCUGGUAGCCUGCACGUGCUGCAUCUGCCCCACAGGCUCUGUGACCAUCCCCUCAUCUUGCUGCGUGACCUUUAUUUCCAAGAAGAUUCCAGUAAACCGAGUGAUUAGCUACCAGUUGGCCAAUGGCAGCAUCUGUCCCAAGGCAGGGGUCAUCUUCAUCACUAAAAAGGGCCAUAAGAUCUGUACGGAUCCCAAGUUGCCAUGGGUUCAGAAGCACAUAAAGAACCUGGAUGCCAAGAGAAACCAGCCUUCUGAAGGUGCCAAGGCCCUGGGUCCCAAGUUUGUCAUCCAGAAACUCCGAGGCAAUAGCACCAAGGUUUAGUCACCUCUCCUCUGUCCCUGAACUUGGACAUAGGUAUUGACGCUUUACCAGGCUGCCUUGGCCUUGCCACACCAGCUGGGAUGAGUCCUGAGUUCGUUUCCCCUUUCUCAGCAUUUCUUUUAGAAAGUGUUUAUUCUGUGGGAACCGGAGGGAACUCCAAGCGUGCCAGUGUUCUGGUGUUUCCUGUGCUGAGUGAGAAGGUUUCAAAAGAAUGACAUCUGUCCUCCUGUGUGCUCUUGUGUGUCUCAAAGGCUUCAUCAGAGCCUAGGUGCAUAAGACCCGAGUACCUGCAGCUGUGCCUGGCAUGCAGCUGGCUUCGAUGGGAUUCUUGUCUUGGGGUGGGGCCUGAGGGCUGUUUGUCUGUCCACCUCUGGGUGAAGAUCUGUCGGUAGUAACUUCCGAGAGUGUUGGUGGGUAUUCUAGGCUGGUCCCUCCUCCAGUCCUUGGAGCAAAUAAAAACUCGGCUGAAAUGGAGGAUUUCAACGGCAGCAUUUUCAAACCCUUCAGCCUUCGUAAAGCCGGGAUGCAGCUCAGUUGGUGAGGUGAUUGCCUAACGCACACAGGACAUUGGCUUUCAGUCACAGCACUGCAAAAACUAGGCAUGAUGGUGCAAUCCUAGCACUCAGGAGGGACAGGCAGGAAGAGCAGGGUUCAGAAGGCAGAGGCAGGAGGAUCUCUGUGAAUUCAAUGCCACCCUGGACUACAUAGAGAGACCUCCUCUCAAACGUCCGUCUCUAAGAAGCAGUUCAAGGCUACAUAGCCACAUAGAAAAUUUGAGGUGGGGGUUGGGGAUUUAGCUCAGUGGUAGAGCGCUUGCCUAGGAAGCACAAGGCCCUGGGUUCAGUCCCCAGCUCCGGAAAAAAAGAACCAAAAAAAAAAAAAAAAAGAAGAAGAAGAAAAUUUGAGGUCAGCCUGACCUAGUGUCACUCUCUUCCUUGCUGCUUCCCCAGAGCCAUGUCUGCCCGUGUGCUGUCGUGCUCCUGCCUUGACGACAAUGGACUGAACCUCUGAACUGUAAUCCAGCCCCAAUUAAAUGUUUUCCUUUAUAAGA